UUAUUUAGUAGGAAAUUGCUUCCACCUUGCAGCGAUUUCGCACUAUCUUGGUGUGUUUCUUGGGUUUUAAGAAUUCUCGAGAUUAUAAAGGAUGUGUAACUGUGAAAUCAUAUGUUAAAGAUGGUACUCGGGUUAACUGAUUUUCCCAGUGUCUUAUUGGACUAUAGGCAUGUUUAUCAUAUCUUUUUUUUGCAGCAUAUAUUAUAACAAUCCAUAUAGCACACACUUUAGACAAAAUGGAAGAUUUGACAACUUUGCGAGAAACAGAACUUUUGAAAAUGUCGAUGAUGUUAUGUUUAGGAUGUUUUAACUAUUCUACGCUGAUGAUAACCCUUAUUCAGUGUGGCUGCAGCUUCUUCUCCAACGUAAAAUUUGUGAAUGUUGUUGUAUAUUAAACACACUUAUUGUAACUUCGCCUGACAGGCGAGUACAUAAAGGGAGAUAAGUCUCCGCACUUCAUGGAAACAGGGGACCUCUAGAUUUCAUUUUUUUAAAAAAGGGAUUAAAUGUAUGAUUUAUGUUGUUCUUUAGCAAAAUGUUUGAUAGAAUUCAAUGGUCUAUUAUUUUAUAUAGAUAUAUUCAGUGCCUGUACUCUCAUCUGUCAUCGGAAGAUCGAACCAAUCUUGCGGUACGAGCGGGUUGAUAUCUUAGCAACAGCGUUAUCACGUGGCCAGCAUGGUCGCCCCGGGAUUAGUGUAUGCAGUGCAAAAAGGCUUGUUAAGUAAACCUUUGUGUUUUUCAUGAACAACGUUCAUGACAUUUCGAACGUUCAUGAGCAAGGAUUAUCUGCGCAGUCGUAAAAAUGUUGCAUGUCACUACAGAGGUCGGAAAACCCGGCAAAAAAGAGAGAGAAAAGAGACAUUUUCCCUUUGUACAUAACAUCAAGAGUGACCCAAAAUAUAAACCUCGAGGGCGCAAGUAUAUUCCACACAAUUAUGGUACAGAUAUUGAUUGGGUCCCACAUGGACAGUAUAUUGAGCAUGAACCCACAGAAAGUGGCCCAGACUGGUCUUCUAGGCUAAGGUACAUCCCCGAUCCAGAGAAUCCUGACUAUCCUGCACCUGAAAUAUGGCCAAACAAUUGGAAAAGCAUGCGACCUUUUCCAUCCCCUCUACAAUUCUUGAACCAGAACAACAAUGGACUGGAUUCUGAUACUGAUGGAGAAACUUCAGAAUUGUACCUUUUUGGCGAUCGGGGAAAAAGAAAAUGGACGUACAUGCGCUCCAGCACUGAAUGGCUGUUAGAUCCAUCUCUGACAAAGCUUGGUAAACGGUGUGUCUGGAAUGGUGUACACAAAGCCUCUGCUAGGUCACAUGAUGAAAUCACACACACAGCAUUGUAUGGCAGAGUGCGGCCAGGUCUAUGCCAACAAACACGGGGUAUUGGUACUGUUUCAGAAUGGUUAAUUGACAAGCGUAACGGCUUACCACAGGUAUCACCAGGAGACAAUGGCUACCAAAUUCCUGAGUACUCUCCUGGUUUCCACAAGUUAGGCUCCACCCGUCCACUUGCUCGAUAUGGGUAUAACAACCCCCCUUCUCCUUACCCUUCUGGCACACCUUCGUACCAUUCACGCCAGUAUUUGGUCAAAGGAAAUCAUUUAGAAGCAAGAACAAGCAGCAUGACGAAGAAAUUGAGGAGGUGCGGCAGCUGGAGAAAUGGACACCAGCAGUCCCUCUGCUGAUGACGUUGCCAGCUGUGGAGGAGAAGAAGUGAAUUGUGGUCGACUGGUUUCUGUUUGACAAGUCUUUAAAUUGUUUGCCUCAUACCUAGUCAGCAUUAUGAUGUUAGCAUUCAAAAAUAUUUUUCAUUACCUAAAUGUCUUUAUGAAUCAAAGAAAAUGUAUAACAAAGCGUUAUACUAUCGUUAUACUGUUGUGAAGAGUGAUUAUGAAGCAAUAUUCUUUGAGAGAACCUAAACUUUUGAGCUGCAAUGAAAGUCUCUCAUUUACAUUAAAAAAUCUUCUUUGGCACUCUUGCUUUGAAGGUAGGCAUAUGGAUAUGCCUAUAUGCACCAAAGUUAUUAAUUACAUGUUUGAUAUCUAAAAAUGCCAUAUUUUUAAGUUGAACUCGCCACACACACCACGUACAAAGACAAGAUUCUCGCAAAGAUGCUCAUCUGCAGUUCAUUGUACACCAGUUCAGUUGUUUACAGAUCUGAAGUGCAGGUAUAUUUAUUGUUGCUGUCUCUUAUAAAUGUAACUAAAUUUCUUACUGCUUCUUUUUUAGAUUUGUGGCAGCUCUUAUCCAUUCACGAAGGGUGUCUUAAUGUGAACAAUUUUAAACGUUCGACAUCCAGAGCUGUUUAACAAUUGCUAAACAAAUUGUUUUCCAUAUUCUGUAUUGAAAAAUCAUUAUUUUUGGUUCAGCAACUCAAAAUUUGGAACUUCAGUUUAAAAAUAUAUUUUAUUUAUUUCAAAUAGAUUUGUAAGAGAGGAAAGAAAAGAAAAGACAAAAAAGAAAAACUGUUGAAUUGAUCCAUAUAAAUUCUUUUUCUUUGUUUCUGCAUGUGUUUUUUGGGGGGAUCAGCUUUGAGUGUGUACACAAAUUCUUUGAAUCCUGAUAUUAAUAUUUUGUACACUUAUUUUACAGUAUUUAUCAGGCUACUUUAAAUCUUUAUGAAAGAGAUUAGGAGAAAAUCUAAGUGAUUUUGGUUCUACUGUACUAGAAAUAAUUACCAGACUAUGAAAUCCUAAGAACCAACAUAUUUAUUAAUAUCAAAACUUGGAAGAAAUGCAUUUUUAAUGAACACAAAAUGCUAUCAGUAUUGCGUUAUAUUUUAUAUGCUUUCUAUCCUAUUCAGUAUUACAUUUUUGGAAAGAAAUUCCUUAACCUUCUUUUUAUUAGAAGUGUGCUCAAAAACAUUUAAGUAUUAUGUGAGCCUCUGUCAAAUAUUUACAAGUUUGUAUCUGUACAAAUUGUGCCUAUAUAUAUAUAAACACAAAGGUUUGCAAAUAUUUUGAUUUAUGCACGUCUCCUUUCUUACACGCUUUACAAAUGCAUUUCACGUUGUGACAUUGAAAUCUUUUGCAGUUUGUAAAUCACUUGCACUAUUGUUAAAAAUGCUUCUCAAGAUCUGGAUAUUUUAUCCGAUAUUUUAUCUGCGUUAUUCACUUCUGUCUGCCAUGUCAUAAAAUUUUCCUCUGCCAGCAGGAAUUUUUUUUUCUCUUGGCACUUAUUGGCAACUUUCUCAAGUAUUUGUGGCACUCACCUUUAAUUCUACAUUGUUUUACUGUUUAGUUUUACAAUCAAAAUGCAUGUCUAAUAAAUACUAAAUUAUUAGUGCA